AUGGCAUCUUCCAAGCUGUCUCUGACCGUCGCCGUCGUGGUUUUUCUGCUCGGCAUGGCGGGCGCCGCCCACGGCCUGACGAGGGUGGUCGCCAACAGCCCCGAUGAGCCGUGCAUGAACAUGACGCUCUACUACCACGACAUCCUCUACAACGGCAACAACACGGCCGGGGAGGAGCCGGCGGCACGCGCGCAGGGGUUCUACUUCUAUGAUAAGCAGGAGUCGCUGACCUCCUGGUUCGGCUUCUCCAUCGUGUUCAACUCCACGGCGCACAAGGGCACGCUCAACCUCGUGGGCGCCGACCUCAUGGGCGACGCCACGCGGGACUUCUCUGUCGUCGGCGGCACCGGCGACUUCUUCAUGGCACGCGGCGUCACAACCAUCCGCACUGACACCAUCGAGGGCCUCUACUACUUCCGCCUGCAGAUGGACAUCAAGCUCUACGAGUGCUACCUCUGA